AUGGCAGCUGCAGAGGCAGGUAAUGGGUCUCCUACUGCUGUUCCCCAGAAUGUUUGUGGUGGGUCUCCUACUGGAGUUUUAUUGGACAGAGAUGCAAGCAAGUUUGAAGACAAGCCGACGGGAACCAAAACCAGUUUGGACAGUCAUCCAGAAACACAUAUUUCAGAGAAACCCUACAAGUGUGACCAGUGUGACUAUUCUGCAUGCAACUAUUCUGCUGCUACAAAAAACACUUUGGACACCCAUCUAGCAGCCAAACACACCGGUGACAAACCCCACUUGUGUUGGGAGUGUGGGUACAGGACAGCUCAAAAGUCUAACUUAUCCCGGCAUAUGAAGACUCAUACAAGAGAAAAGCCCUACAAGUGUGACCAGUGUGACUAUUCUGCAGCAGAUAAAUCUGCUUUGGGCCAUCAUCUAGCAAAGCACACUGGUCAGACAUGGCAGAGGCAGGUAAUGGGUCUCCUACUGCUGUUCCACAGAACCACUGUGAUGGGUCUCCUACUGAAGUUGUGUUGGACAGAGAUGCAAAAAUCCACCUUGUACCUACAUCUAGCAAAGCACUCAAAACCCUUCAUGUGUGGGGAGUGCGGACACAGGGCAGCUCGGAAGUCUCAGUUAUUCCGACACAUGAGACAUCAUACAGCGUCAGUACAGCCUCAGCGAGGAGACCAAAAGUAG